CUGCCCUAUUCUCGCCACCGCCGGCCGCAGAAAAGCCACCACUUCCGCUUCCGGCGGCUGUGUUUUCGGAUCUCGCAGUACUUCGGGAAAUUUGAAAGCGCCGGCGCGAGCCCGAAUCCGUGAGAGACGCUCCAGGGAAUAUACCUCAACAGCUUUUUAAUGAUGGGUCUGAAAAAGCUACCACUGGAUACAAGUGAGAGUGACUCUGAGGAGUUGCCAACAUUUAACUUUCUGACACAGAAGCCAUCUUUAUCAAAGAGCAGCCAAGUUCUUGUAGGCCACAACUCAAAUGUUGAGUGUUCCUCUUCUUCAGGAUCAAAAGAGCUGUUGACUGUCCAAGAGACAGGCAGAACUAUUUCUCCAAAAGAGACAGUUACAGUGCUGAGCAGUGAGAGUGAAGAGGAAGAGGAGCUUAUUCCCCUGGCACAAAGACUUCAGACAAAUCAUUUUUCUAAGACGCACGAGUCAAACCAUCAAGACUCAAGCUCUCAAACUAAAUGUGCCUUGGACCGUCCAUACAACAAAGGAACCAGAGGGGGGUGGGGACAACAGUCCUUUCCAAAGGCUCUUGUUCUCUGUAAUUCUUCCUCAGUUAAAGAUGCUUCAAAGAAAGACAGGAACAUUUUUAUUGAGGAAGAGCCACACAGUCCUCUUCCAACCUACUCAUCUGUCUUCCCUGUCCAAAUUAGAAGUUUGUCAGUUGCAGAGGAAAGUUCAGUGCUUUCUCCUCCUCAGAAAAGAACCAAGUACACUCGGAAGGAGAGGGGGGAAAGUUGUCAGGGUCCCCUUAGGACCCAAGGAAAAUGGAAGGAAACCGAGGAGAGACAGCAAGAGAGAGAGAGGAAGAAAGCACUGGCUAGCAUGCUGAAGGCACAGAGGCCAGAUGAAUGUCUGAAACACAUCACAGUUGUGUUGGAUCCAGUUCUCUUACAGCUUGAUGGUGGUGGCCAGAUGCUCAGUGCUUUGCAGGCUAUGGAGUGUCACUGUGUGAUUGAGGCACAUACUAUUCCAUGUAGCAUCACUUGGAAGAGGAGAGCCAUCCUGUCUCAGGCUGGAGAGGGAAACUUGACAGAAGAGCCAAACAUUCUGGUCCUGCUCCAAGAAAAGCAAUUUAUGACUAUGAUCAACAAUUCAAAGCAGGACAGCCCUGAAGAAGGGAAGGAAACUUUGCUGAACUUUGUGACUUGGAUCACAGCAAGGACAUUAGGGAAAACCCUGUCACUGGCAGUCGUGGAACAGGAAAAAAUUUUCAGCUCUCAGAAAUCCCAGAGGAAACAAAAACAGGGAAUGGUACACAGAGGUCAAGCCAAGGGGAAGGUAGAUCAGAGGGGAUCAAAAGAGGAUAGAGAGUUUACUCCAACUCUUUCCCGAGUAGAAGUAGAAAGGGCUUUGGUAGAGUUGCAACUUCACACAGAAACCCAGAUCAGAAUCCUGAAGAGCUGGAAGGAGCUAUCUGACUUUGUCUGUAUGUUCACCAAGGCUGUGGCUGAGGCACCCUUCAAGAGAUCUUGGGAUCGGACUAAUUUUUCCUUCUUUUUGGAGAGUGAUUGGGCUGGAGGGGCAAAGGUGGACUCUUCUGGUAAGGGACUUGCACUCGUCUGGAGGAGGCAGAUUCAACAGCUGAACCGAGUUAGCCUAGAGAUUGCCAAUGCAAUUGUAACUGCCUAUCCCUCACCACAGAUCCUUCUAAAGGCAUAUCAGCAGUGUUUAUCCGAGCAAGAAUGUCACAAUCUACUUGCAGACAUCCAAGUGCGCCGAGGAGAAGGUGUAACAUCUACUUCUCGUCGAGUUGGACCAGAGAUCUCUAGGCGCAUCUAUUUUCAGAUGACCACUUUGCAGCCAGAACUCAUUCUGGAUGGCACAGAAUGACUCCUAAUCAAAAUUGAUGGUUGAAAAUACUCUAAUAUCCUUUUGUAGGAAUAAAUGGGAGCAGUGAUCCUGUCAGUUCAACUUCAUUUCCCUUCCUGAUGGAAGCUAACAUGACUAAAUAUAGGAGGAUGAUCCAGAGACCUGUCCCCCAUUGUCAAUUUAUGAAAUCCUUCCCUACCCAACAAACUAGGCAAAAAGUUAAAUCUACAUGCAAAUGGAUCAAAGAUAUCCCACAAGACACUUAUUUAAUAACAAUUAUAAAAACCUAAAAACUGUCCAUUAUAAAGUUUAGGAAAUUCUAACAAUUGUGAUUGGAAUGGAAAGUUAAAGCUCUUAGUGGGUUCAUCUGUGGGCUUGCUCACUAUAACCAAUUCCCUCACCUAACAUGGAAUGGUAAUACCUAUCAUCUGGGCAGGGGGUGGAUCACGGUAUAACUUUGUGUACUUAGUUAUGUGCUUAUACAAUAAAGUAAUUAGAAAAA